AUGGCUUCGUUUUCAGGCAGCGGCAGAGGUGGCUGGGCUCCACGCAGAGGGCGAGGCCGCGGAGGAAGAGCGCCUCACUUCGCAAAGAACAGAGAGCAGCCAAAACCGGAUCUCCAGACACAUCCGCUUGGAGACCCUGUGAAAGUGUUUCGCAGCUCCGAUCUGAGUCUGAAACCAAUCGACUCGGCGGAGAUAUCGAAAAGCCAACAUGUCGCGUCGUACAACUGGCUCAAUGACGAGGUACCUACCAUCGUCGUUCCAGGUAAACCUCCUCGCUGGACACCACUCCAAGCUCCACAGCGUUUGAAAGAAGACGACGGACAGUACUUUCGCGACCCCAAUGCUGCAAAGUAUCCCGACUUCCCCAUGGCACCCGUCGUACAUGCUAUUACAGAGACCGACCCCGAAUUCGACGCUACGAACACCGAUGUCUUCGCAUGCGGAAGCACCCUUGGCAACCUCCUGCGCUUCGCUCGUGGUGUCGACAAAGCCUUUCGGUUUAACAUCGAGGUCAUUGGCGAGACUGUCUUCUUUGUACGGAAAGAGAACGACCCCAAAGAAGUUAUCAAGGAUAUCAGAGGCUUUGGUCAUACGUUUCCAGAAGCAUACACCACAUGGGAGCAUAGUGUCAAGGGUUCUGAGACACACCAGCGCAUCAUACGAUAUGAGUUUGGCGGCUUGGAGUGUCUUGUACGCUUCGAAAGCGACGGCUACAUUGAUGACUCCCUAGCAGUCCGUGAUGUCGCGCCCGCACAGACUGCUGGGGACCAAGAUGAGCUUCUGCAAGCAUUCCAGCAAGCAGCCAUCGGCCGUUCGCCCAGCAACGCGAUGGGUAAGCCGGAAGAGCUCAAGAUCGAACACCGCGGAUCUACAGUACCGCAUCACUCCAUCUUUGACCUGAAGACACGCUCAGGCAAAUACAAGAAACCCAUCGACAUGACCGACAUCUACCCGGCGCUCUGGAUGAAACAGAUAUCCAACUUCAUCGUUGCCUACCACGACGGUCAUGGUCUCUUCGAAGACAUACAGGUACAAGAUGUCAAGAGCGAUGUGCGAGCUUGGGUCCGAGACAAUAGAGACGGUAUCCGCCGCUUCGCAACACUACUCAAUGAGAUCGUUGACAUUGCCAAGAGCAGCACGAACAAGUUACUCGAAGUGUAUUGCCCAGGAGCGGAUCGCCUAGAGGUCCGAAGCCAGUACGGUGAUGGCGUACACGCGUUGCCUGCAGACUUGGUCGAAAGGUGGGAGAAGACGGAGACUAAUGUCUCCUCUACUCAGGAUGAUGCUUCGGAUGAGGACGAAUACAAUGAUGGCGGUGUCGUUAUUGAUGCGAGGCAUGGGUUUGGCAAUGGCUACGAUGACGACUCAGGUUCUGAGCCAGACUAUACAGCGUGUUCUGCUGAGGACUCAACUCAAAGUACCGAAAUCUUCUGCCCUAUCAAGACUUGCUUCAGUAUACCUUUGGUUUUCGCAUACUCUUUCUUGGUCAACAAGGAGAACAAGAAGCAGAUCGGCAAAGACACUGCCGUAAUUUACCGGGACCAGCUCGUGCCCAGGCUGCAGCACAUUCAAGACCUCAACUCAGCUCUUCACGGCUUCCUCCAGAAAAGCUGCACGACCCCUACCAACUUCAGCAACUCAGAGCUAGAGAAAUCCCAAGAGAAAGUCAAGGUUCAAGACUAUUUCUACCAAACAAUUGCGAUGCUCUCUACCCAUGUGCAAUCGAUCAGGAUGGAGUUGCAACAUCUGAGCGCGCAGGUCGGCGCGGCCCUCGUUUUGACCGACUUCGAUCCGGGAUACUUCCCCCAGUGGGAUAUUGACAAUCGAACCCCACACCCGCUCACAGCCGCCGUUACUAAUGCCAGGCGAGACAUCGCCCAUGUGCCAUGCGUAAACAAUGUCUACGACGAGUUAGAUGUUGACUUCAACGAGAAAGAUGUGAAGAUUCCUGUGAAAGAUACCUAA